UUUUAAUAGCUUGAUAAACUGAGCCUAAACUCAAUGGCUAAAUAAGCCCCGCCUCAUCCAAGCGCAAAUACAUCUUCAAAUAGACGCACGUGUUUUUCCACUGUAGUUCGAGUACAGAGCAGAACAGAGACACAGGCGGAUAACGCGAAUAUACCGGAUAAAAUUGCCUGUUCUUGCAAUUUCUUUAUGCACAUCCAAUCUUGAGCAACACUGGCUUCCUAAACUUCUGAACGACUGCCUCCAUCAGCAGGUGAACCAGGGAAGAGUUCUGGGCAAAGCAAACCUAUCAGAAUCAGUCUCAUUGAAGAGCCAGUGUAGCACAAAGAAAAAUGAUAUGGCGAUGAAUUAUGAUCCCGAGAUGCAGAUGAAAUUGGCUUGUCCUGAAUCAGGAAGAGUUCAUACAAAAGGCAAAACUCAAGAGAGAGGCCAAUGGUCAAAUAAAGUUGAAUUUAUCCUAGCUGUUGCUGGCCAAAUUAUCGGUCUAGGAAAUGUGUGGAGGUUCCCAUACCUGUGCUACAAGAAUGGAGGAGGAGCAUUUUUAAUACCAUAUUUGGUCUUCCUGUUUGCCUGUGGCAUUCCACUGUUCCUCAUGGAGAUAUCAUUGGGUCAAUACACUAGUCAAGGUUGCAUUACCUGCUGGAGAAAAAUCUGCCCCCUGUUUGAAGGAUUGGGCUAUGGAUCUCAGGUGGUCGUGUUGUACUCCAGCAUCUACUAUAUCAUCAUUUUGGCCUGGGCAUUCUUCUAUCUUUUUUCUUCCUUUAGUGCAGAGUUACCAUGGGCUAGCUGCAGCAAUACCUGGAAUACUGAAACGUGCAUUGAAUUUGAAAAAAUGGAGUAUGUAAACUUGAGUAUACCAGAGAAUGCAACUUCACCUGUUAAAGAGUUCUGGGAGAGGAGAGUGCUAAAUCUCACAAGCAGUGUGUAUGAGCUGGGCAGUGUAAGGUGGGAGCUGGCACUGUAUCUCCUCUUGGCUUGGAUCAUCUGCUACUUCUGUGUCUGGAAGGGAGUGAAGUCUACAGGAAAGGUGGUCUAUUUCACUGCUACCUUUCCUUAUGUAAUAUUGGCAGUGCUGUUGGUGCGUGGAGUCACGUUGCCUGGGGCUGUUAAUGGCAUUAUUUUUUACCUCAAACCAGAUACUACACGCCUCACAGACCCACAGGUGUGGAUGGAUGCCGGAACACAGAUAUUUUACUCCUACGCACUCUGCAUUGGGUGCCUCACUGCACUGGGCAGCUACAACAAGUACAAUAAUAACUGCUACAAGGACUGUAUUUAUCUGUGCCUGUUGAACAGUGGGACCAGUUUUGUGGCUGGUUUUGCCAUCUUCUCUGUGCUGGGCUUCAUGGCUUAUGAGCAGCAGACAGACAUCUCAAAAGUGGCAGAGUCAGGUCCAGGUUUGGCCUUCAUUGCUUACCCCAGGGCAGUGGCGAUGAUGCCGGUUCCACAACUAUGGGCCAUUUGUUUCUUUCUUAUGAUUAUUCUGCUAGGUCUGGACAGUGAGUUUGUGUGUUUGGAGGCACUGAUGACUGCUGUAACUGACAUGUACCCCUCAUUCUUCCUCUUUGGUCAUCGCCGCAAAGGUUUCCUGCUCAUCAUUUGUGUGGGGUGUUUCCUGUGUGGCCUUGUUAUGGUAACAGAGGGUGGCUUGUAUAUUUUUCAGCUCUUUGAUUACUAUUGCUGCAGUGGGAUGACACUUCUGUUAUUUGCCAUUCUGCAGUCGGUGUGUAUAGGGUGGGUGUAUGGUGCUGAUCGUCUUUAUGAUAAUAUUGAGGACAUGAUUGGCUAUAAGCCACUGGUCUUAAUAAAGUAUUGUUGGAGGUACCUCACCCCUCUGUUCUGUGCUGCUACAUUUGUCUUCUCUCUGAUCAAAUUCACUCCUCUGAAGUUUAACAAUGUUACCGAGUACCCCUGGUGGGGCUAUGCUAUUGGUUGGUGGUUCACACUCUCUUCAACUCUACUGGUUCCUCUUUGGAUGAUCUAUGUGCUGCUCACUUCCAGUGGCACACUAAGACAGAGACUACGUGCUCUCUGUACCCCAGCAAGUGACCUUAGGUAAACUCUACACAACUGAAAGCUAUGGAGAACUUCUUGCACUAUGGUAAAGGCAAGCGCCUCCGUGGAGCACAAAGUGCAAUAGUUAAGUCAUUAAUAUAUAUUUUAAAAAUGCACUUUUAUAAUGGCCUUUAGCAUCUCCUCAACUGGAAAUGCUGUGUAGUUGGUGUAUAUAUGCGCACACUUGGAAUGUAACUUGUAGACAAAUCACUAUUUGUAAAUGGGUGGGUAGACGUGCAUGUGCAUGUCGUAAGACGAAUGUAUCAGAAGAACACCAUUGUAUACGCACAAUGGUUUACAUUCUCAACUAAUCGUAUUGGAAAAGUGCCUAAAAAUGUUUUGACAGUUUAGGUUUUUUUUUUGGUUUUUUUUGGUUUUUUUUGCUUUGGUCAUUAUAAAAUUAUUACUUUAGUCAUUCCUUUGGCAAAAAUUCAAAGCCAUUUUAUUCAUUAAUUAAUUGUUUACAAGUUCAAAAGUGUCAUAAAAAGAGUGAAAAGGUUGUACUGUGCAACUGCAUUUUUUUAUAUGCAUACAUAAUAUAUAUUCUGUAUGUAUGCACAUAAAAAUUCAGUUGCACAGUGUGUGUAUAUAUAUGACCAGGUUAAGGAACAUCCAACAAUUUAUGAAAGGGUGCGUGUGAUUGAGUAUAUGAACAUGAGUAUGCAGAGAGCCUUGCAAUGGACUGGCAGCCUUGUUGAAUGAGUAGAACUGCAUUCCAAGUCAAAAAGGAAGUACCAUGUGAAGUACAUAGUAAGUACGUAACAAGUAAGACAACUUGUUAAUAUAUAAUUACAUUAGAUGGUACUUUAGUUAAAAAAGGUUUUGCUAAAUGCUCAUUAAUUUAAGAUUAGUAAUAUAGCAAUACUAUUAAUAUUAUAGCAAUAUUAUUGAGAUUCAAAGUGCCUAUUCUAGUAUAUUUGGUUCUUGUUGAUUUUCCAAUCUGCUUUGUUUAGAGAAUCUGUAUAAUCAGAAUCCACAAAAGCAAAACAUCUACAGUAAUAAAUCAACCAUUCCAGGCAGAUUAUGCAGGGAUUUCACAAAAGAAUUCUAGCUAUAUUUGGCCUUUUUGGUGCUUGCUAAUCUUUUUGGAGAAUGUUUUCUCUCGCAUAACUUUUUAAAUUCAACUUGGUUUUACCUCAUUAUUGUACCUUAUUGGUUUUCUCAUUUCUCAUUUCUCAUUGGUGUCUUAUAUAAAAACGUUGAUUGUUUACCUAAUAUUAUGUAAAUGCCCAUCAAUAACUUUUAUGAUCUGAGAACUGUGUGGCCAGUUUUACACAUUUUAUCUGAAUAGCAAUAUCAUUCAUUCAUUCAUUCAUUCAUUUUCUACCGCUUAUCCGAACUUCUCGGGUCACGGGGAGCCUGUGCCUAUCUCAGGUGUCAUCGGGCAUCAAGGCAGGAUACACCCUGGACCGAGUUGAAUAGCAAUGUAAUACUUUCAAAUGUUGCUUAAUCAGAACUUGUAAAGCGUCGGUACAAUUUGUAAUUAUGUGAUGUAAACUUUAAGGUAUCCAUACUGUGAAAGUCAGAUUAUCAGAUUAUUUUUGAACAUUCAGAGGCUGGAUAUGAUUUUAGAAACACUGUGAAACUUAAAAAUGGCUCGCACUUUAAACAAUACAAUGCAGAUGAUAACCUCUGAAUCUAAUUUUACACAGCAGUAUUGUUUGGUGUUGGACAUUGACAAGUGAACUGCUUUUGUGUGUUGAUUUUAUUAUAACACUAUAAGCACUGCUUUGUUUUGUUUUUUAAUUAAUGAGAAAAAUCAUUCUUUGUAGUUGAGUGGUGCUAAAAACUGGAUAUAUAUAAACUCCUCAAAAAGUAAAAAAAAAUGUUUUUGUCAUUAGUUUUCCUUCUGACUUUUUCUCAAUUCUCUAGCAGACUUCAUGCCUUGAUGGGUCAGAAUGGUUGUGGGACCUACAGAGUUUUAGGCAGGUUGUUUACGAUUUGUGUGUAUACCCACAUGCGCACACACGUACACAAACACACAUACACAUAUGUAUGUAUGUAUGUAUAUUUAAGUGAUUAUGUAUUCAGAUCUUGUGGAAUAUUGUGUAGAUCCCCCUUGUGCCACCAAAACUGCUCUGACCUGUCAAUGAAAGUAACAAUAACUUUUUUGAAAAUAAUUAUUUGUUGUUUGGAACUGUAAUGAUUUUUUUUCAUUUACAUAAUUAACAAUUUUUAAAAAGGUAUUUGUUGUAAGUUGUGAAAUACAUGAUUGUUAAAAUAUCAGAUAUCAGUGUCAAAUGUUUAAAAAUGUGUAGAUUUUGGGUAAUGGUAGUUAAUGUUAUUAUUGUCUUUAUUGUUAUUGUCCAGUUAAUUAUAGAGUUUUAUAUUGUAUUAAUCUGACAUCAUCAGUGCCUUACGCUGUCUUUCAUAUAGUUUUGUCUUUGGUAACACUAAUGUAAUUAAAGGUACUUUAUUCUCCAAAA